AUGGAGCCAGAGAACGGCACUGUGAAGACUGAGUUCUUUCUCCUGGGAUUCAGUGACCAUCUGGAACUUCAGAGUCUCCUUUUUGCAGUGUUUUUCUUCAUCUACUCUGUUACUCUGAUGGGGAACCUUGGAAUGAUUUUAUUAAUCACAAUUAGUUCCCACUUGCACACUCCUAUGUACUUUUUCCUCUGCAUGCUGUCCUUCAUAGAUGCAUGUUACUCUUCUGUCAUUGCCCCCAAAUUACUUGUGAACUUGGUUUCUGACAAGAAGACCAUUUCUUACAACGGCUGUGUCGCACAGUUAUAUUUUUUCUGCUCUUUGGUUGACACGGAAUCUUUCCUCUUGGCUGUCAUGGCUUAUGACCGGUACAUAGCAAUCUGCAACCCACUGCUGUAUAUGGUGAUUAUGUCCAAGAAGGUUUGUUGCCAGCUUGCAAUUGGAGCAUUUUUGGGGGGCGCUAUAAGCUCAGUUAUUCACACCAUGAACACUUUCCAUCUGUCAUUCUGCUCCAAAGACAUUAACCAUUUCUUUUGUGAUAUCUCCCCACUCUUCUCUCUGUCCUGCACUGACACUUACAUACAUGACAUCGUUCUGGUUGUCUCUGCCAGUUUUGUGGAAGCGGUCUGUCUUUUAACAGUUCUCCUCUCUUAUGUCUUCAUUAUGGCAGCUAUUCUUAGAACAGGUUCUGUGGAGGGAAGAAGAAAAGGGUUCUCCACUUGUGCUUCCCACCUGACUGUGGUCGUUAUUUAUCAUGGUACCUUGAUAUUCAUUUAUUUGCGUCCCAGCACCAGCCAUUCACUGGAUAUUGACAAAGUGACCUCUGUGUUCUAUACUUUGAUCAUACCUAUGUUGAACCCUCUAAUUUACAGUCUAAGGAAUAAAGACGUCAAAAAUGCUUUUAGAAAAGUGAUUGGAAGAAAAUUGCUUUCUUAAGAUGAAACUGGGCCUGACAACUUUUCAAAAAAUACCCAGUCUCUGACUUUUGGUUCUAACUGUUGGAAAAUUCAAUUUAAUAUAAAUGCUUUCCAAAUCUGUGGGUAAUGAUCCUCAACCACAGAAUAGGGCCACAGCCUAGCUUUAGAGAUUGGCCCUCUCAUAUCACUUAUAUUAUGUCUAUUGUUUUAAAGUUGAAAUUUCUACUAUUUAUUUUCAGGGAAGAUUUACCUUACACUUAAUUUCCUGUAUCUCAUAGUCUUACUCCUUUUCUCUUUUCACCACAAACUUUUGAGGCAACCAUGUGGGAAGGGCUCCUUUCCAAAACUCAAACUGGCCUAGGUACUGGGAGAAGUGCACACUGAAGUGGAGCCACAGAAGUUCGUGACAUUUGCAGUGAGGAGGAGCCUAGUCCCUCCUCUUCCUGAAUGGAACCUGGAAAUUCAAUCUGUGAAGCGGGAAGCCUACACUAGCGGGAAUUCUGGCCUUGCUGUAGAGUUCCUGUUCUCUCUUCUAUUCUUUUUGCAAAAUAAAUUCCAUUAUUAGCACCCUUCAAAUCAUCUGCGAGCCUAAUUUGUGGCCAUAUCAUAAGGACCCAGCUCUUAGCUGAACUAAGGAAAAAGUCCCUUAACAUUUAUGGUGCACAACGUGGAGGCUUGAUAAGCAGUGAGUGAAAUGGGGACUCAAAAACUCUCACUGUCAUCUCUAAGCCUUUUUAUGCUUGGACUUCUGAGGGAAGGGGAAACUGUGCCCUCACCUCCAUCGCUCCUGAAAAAACCAGGUGUCAGGAAAGACAAUUUUGAAACUGAAGUUUGAUUAUUACAAGAUAUUU